CCCCCCCUCUCUCUUUCCCUGCCGAGGAGCGUCACGCAGUUGUCCUGUGCGUCUCCUCAGCAAGUCCGCACCGACUCCAGGACACCGGAUCGCAGGGAAUAUCAUUCAAAGGAAUAAGAGCAGCAAUAAGGGAGGAAGAGGAGUAGCAGGCUGUACUACAGAAACCGUGAGAGUUGUCCAGGGAACAGGGGUCUCCCCAAAACCUGAGCCAUGAGUCGCAGCAUCGUGCGGCAGAGCAAGUUUCGCCACGUCUUUGGCCAGACGGUCAAAGCUGAGCAGGGUUACGAUGACAUUCGUGUUUCCAAGGUGACGUGGGACAGCUCCUUCUGCGCUAUCAACCCAAAGUUCCUGGCAGUCAUUGUUGAAUCCAGUGGAGGAGGAGCGUUCCUGGUCCUGCCCAUCUCUAAGACAGGUCGUGUAGAUAAGAACUACCCCCUGGUGAUUGGCCACUCUGGACCUGUCCUCGAUAUCGACUGGUGCCCUCAUGACGACAACAUCCUGGCCAGCUGCUCGGAGGACUGUACUGCAAUGGUGUGGCAGAUCCCAGAUCACUCACUAACCCGCCCCAUUUCCGAUCCUGUCGUGGUCCUGGAGGGACACUCUAAACGUGUCGGCAUCGUCACCUGGCACCCCACCGCACGCAACAUACUACUCACUGCGGGCAGUGAUAACUUGGUUAUAAUCUGGAACGUGGGAACAGGCGAGGCCCUCAUCUCCAUGGAUGACCACCCAGACCUCAUCUACAGCAUCAGCUGGAACCGAAACGGCAGCUUGUUUUGCACAACCUGUAAGGACCGACGUCUGCGUGUCUGCGACCCCCGCAAGAGGGAGGUGGUUGCGGAACGUCUGGCUCCACAUGAAGGGAUCCGGCCAAUGAGAGCUAUUUUCACCAGAGAUGGAAACAUUUUCACCACAGGAUUCACCAGGAUGAGCCAGAGAGAGCUGGGACUCUGGGACCCGACAAACUUUGAGGAGCCUAUUGCACUGUUGGAGCUGGACACAAGUAACGGAGUGUUGUUACCGUAUUACGAUGCAGACGCAAACAUGGUCUACCUCUGUGGAAAGGGUGACAGCAGUAUCCGCUACUUUGAGAUCACGGAGGAGCCACCAUACGUCCACUACCUCAACACCUUCAGCAGUAAGGAGCCCCAGAGAGGGAUGGGCUUCAUGCCCAAGAGAGGUGUGGAUGUCACCAAAUGUGAGAUUGCUAGGUUAUUCAAGCUUCUUGACAAGAAGUGUGAGCCCAUCACAAUGACAGUGCCCAGAAAAUCGGACCUCUUCCAGGAUGACCUUUACCCGGACACAGCUGGGCCUGAGCCCGCCAUGGAGGCUGAGGAGUGGCUGGAUGGACGUGACGAAGACCCAAUUCUGGUGUCCAUGAGGGGGGGCUAUAUGCCGCCUAAGAGCCGAGAGCUGAAAGUGGCAAAGAAGAACGUGCUGGAGUCCAGACCCACCACCCGACGCAGCAUGUCUACUUUGGACACCAACAGUCUGCCGCUCCCUUCUUUGUUUUGUUUUAUUUUUCCUAGUUGCUCACUGUCCUUGACCUUUUUUUUCUCUUUUUCUUUACCCUUGAUUUUCCCCUCCCUGUCACUGUCUUUAUUCCUUUCUUCUUCUGUUUCCCUGUUUUCCUUAUCUCGACUGUUCUCCUGUCUAGCCUCAGUUGCUUGAGAGGUUGUUGGAGGAGAUUCAGAAUCUGAAGGCCACAGUUUUGUCUCAGGAGAAGAGAAUCUGUGACUUGGAGAAUAAGCUUUCCCAGUACACUAAUGGCACUGACUGAUGAAAACACCUUCUGAAGAACUGGUCUAUCUUUCAGAAUCACUAUUAUUAUAGGAACACAUUUCCCUCACAUUCACGAGGAACCACUCUCCUAAAUACUCCAACGGUGUGGCCCUUUUAAAGGUACUAUUGUGUGUAUUGUGUAAGAACAUGAAUGUUGACAAUAAAAAUGCAAAUUGACGAUCAAACAAAUUUGAACAAAUUACAUCCAUAAGUAGGGUCAUUAUUUCCUGGUUGAUUCUACAUAUUGGACCUUAAUGCUAUGACAAAAAUAUUUUAAUAUAUUCACACCUUUAGUGAUUUGAAAUGAGAAGAGUGAAAGUGGAGUGAGGGGGCUGUCGGUUAGAGGGACAUGCAAGUUGGGUUAAAGGUCUGAAUAAAGUCAACACUGUUAUCACUAAAAUGUCCAUGUGAGAAAAAGUAUAGGAAAAGUAACAAAAAUAAAAUCCCAGAAAAAGACUUAAUGAUUUGGUUUUAGUAAAUUGCAUCUAUGACUUCCCCAAACAUAGUAACAUACUUGCACCACCACUAAGCGCACACACAUCACCAUAAAAGAUACAAAGAAAGCACAUAUCACAUGUAUCAAACACAUCAUCCUCCGUAUCAGACAAUCACUGACCAGUUUAUGGAAACACGUCUCUCUGAAAACUUUUCAAAAAUGUAAAUAGUGAUAAAGGAAACAGGAGAAAAAUUUGUUGAACUUGUAGCAAAAUGUGAAAAGCAAAACGUUUUGUGUUCUGUAAAGGGUUAUACAUUAGACACAUUAUGACGACAAUAAAAACAGUGUUUUUUUUAAA